AUGACAGUAGCCUGUCUCCUGGGCCUGAUCAACAUCGGCUCCAGCGUCGCCCUCAACGACAUCGUCUCCAUGGCUGUCUCCGGUCUGUACCUCUCCUACCUCUCCGUCGCAACCCUCCUUUUCUACCGUCGCGUGCAGGGAGAUAUCCGCGACACCAUCGAACGUGAAGACAUGAUCGUGAAUACUCCCGGGGCGCCGCUGGUCUGGGGUCCAUUCCAUGUUCCAGGCAUCUUCGGUAUCGCGGUCAAUGCUUCCGCCAUCGUGUACAUCAUCAUCGUGGUCUUCUUUAGUUUCUGGCCCACCGAGGCGACUGUGAAAUAUGAUACGAUGAAUUAUAGUGUUGUGGGGACGUUUGGGACGGUGAUUAUUGCGCUGGUGUAUUAUGCUUUUAGGGCGAGGAAGAUCUACCAGGGGCCGGUUAUUGAAACGUUUUGA